AUGGCAGCAGCAGAACCCAACCAGUUCCAGUUCGCUGGGGCCCCCGCGGUCCCCGGGUUCCGGCCCGUCCCCUUCCUGCAGCCCCCGCGCCCCUCUGUGGCCCCGCGCCCCCAGGUAGCCCGCCUCCCCGUGCCGGCCCCGCACCCCACGGCGGUCCCGCUCCCCGCGCAGGCCCCGGGCCCCAGGCUCGCUGUCUGCGCCCGGCCGCCAACCCUGGCGGGGCUCCCCGGGCCCGCGGUGCCUUGCCCCGCCGGCUUCUGCCCGUCAGCGCCCCCUACGGGAGCCAUCCCCGCGCAGCGCCCCACCGGCCUCUGCCCGCCAGCGCCCCCUACGGGUGCCAUCCCCGUGCAGCGCCCCACCGGCCUCUGCCCGCCAGCGCCCCCUGCAGGCAGCGUCCCCGCGCAGCGCCGGAAGCGCACUUCCUUCAGCGCCGAACAGCUGCAGCUGUUGGAGCUCGUCUUCCGCAGGACAAUGUACCCCGACAUCCACCUGCGCGAGAGGCUCGCCACGCUCACGGUGCUCCCCGAAUCUAGAAUCCAGGUGUGGUUCCAGAACAGGCGUGCCAAGUCCCGGCGUCAGAGUGGGAAAUCCCUGCAGUGCCCUGCCAGGCCUGAGCUCUUCCUCAGCCACUCUGCUCUGGGAGCCGAGGUGAAGUGUUCAGAGCCCCAGGUGCCUCUGGAAGGAGAUAUGAACUGCCUGUCUGACCUCAGCAGGGGUGAAGGGGACCUUGCGGACCCCAGCCCCAAAGACCAGAGCUUUGAAUCCUAUCCUCCCAUUCCUGAAGACAUUGGUUCCAAGCUGGACUCGUGGGAAGACCACAUCUUUUCUGCCUUUGCUAACUCUUAA